CGUCGUUAAGUAAAUACGCCUGCCUAAUAAUAAAAUGAUUAAGUUAAAUACUUUAAGCAAAUCUACAUAUUCCUAUUAUUCCUUUAUGUUAGGCCGUUCGAUUUACGAAAUGUUCAAAGGGCCGUGCAUUGGCAACUGGCCUCGACGCAUAUUAACAACAAAGGCAGCUGAAGCCAAUGGCCAGUAGCGAAACAGAGAGAAAGACAAGCGGAACCUGUUGCGCGAGCGCAGCUUAAAAGUAAAAAUCAAACGCUGAACCGGAGUAGCUACAGAAUCCCGUUUUAUUACGUUGGGAAAACAAUAGACUUAAGAAACAAACUUACUUUUGCCAUGGCCAAAUCAAAUCGGUGACGACAGAGCCACCAGUUAAACAAGUUAACAAAUUAACAAAUUUAAAAGUGGAUCAUGAUUCAGCUACGCCUGCGCACAGUUGUUUUCUUACUGCUGCAGUUAUUCGCUUUGGUUAGCACUGAAUACGUUUAUGGCGAACCAGAAUUCAAAUGUCCCAAAAAGCCCCAAGUCUUAUAUCCCUGCCUGUGCGUAAAAGGUAGCGAUACUGGACUUUUUGUGCGCUGCGAGAACACCAAUUUGGCCACGCUUUCGGUGGCCUUGCAGAACUUAGCGUCUCUGGAGUUGCCAGUGGAGGAGCUGACAAUAUAUAAAGGACACUUUGUGCGGCUCUUCGGACCGCUUUUCGCCCACAUUAAGGCGCGUGUGCUGACCAUAGAGGAGACGCCUCUUGCCACAAUUGAGGACUAUGUAUUUUAUGGCAUGAACAAUACCUUGGAGGAGGUUAAUUUGCUGCGCACGAAUCUAAGUCAAGUUGGUCAGUUGGGAUUUGGCAUAUUGGGCAAGACGCGUCAGUUGGUAAUCGAUGGGCAUGCGUUUCAGCAACUGCCCAAAGAUCUGUUUUUCGGUCAAGAAAUCAGCAACAAGCUCGAAACGAUUCGGCUUACAAAUGGACUUCUGAGUGAUUUGCCUGUGGAGACAUUCCAGCCGCUGCGCAAGUUGAAAACAUUGGACUUGCACGGAAAUCAGCUGGAGAACCUUAAACGGAAUCAAUUUAAGAAUCUGCGCGAACUGGAACUGCUGGAUAUAAGCUUUAAUAAAAUCAAGAAAUUAGAAGCCCAACAUAUUGCAGAUCUGACAAAGCUUGGCUGGUGCAAUGUUUCGCACAACGCCUUAAACGAACUGAGCCGUGGCACCUUUGCCAGGAACUCGGUGCUGAAAGUCCUUCAUCUGUCACACAACAACAUUGGCAAACUGGACGCAAAUAGUUUUCGAGGAAUGCGUUUCCUGCGCCGCCUCUUCCUAAGCGACAAUGCCAUCACAGAAGUGGGACGUGGCACAUUCGGUUCUGUGGCGCGCAUCGGCACAAUUGAUCUGGCGCGCAACAAGCUAAAAAAGAUUGAGUAUCAAAUGUUCACGCAAAUGAAUUAUGUUGAGCUGCUGGAUUUGGCGGAGAACAAUAUAACUAAAAUUGAGAAGAACUCGUUUAAGGACAUUUACCAGGCCGUUAUCAAUGUAUCUCACAAUGCCUUGGAGUUAAUUGAGACUGCUGCCUUUGAGAACUGCGUUAAUAUUACAAUUCUAGAUCUGUCCCAUAACCGUCUCGUCAACUUUUCGCGUCGCAGCUUCGACGAGACGACCUUCGCCUCCGAGUUUCAACUUAGCUAUAAUGGUCUAACUAAUCUGGCACAUGUACCCCUUCAGAACAUGUCUGGGCUGCGCGUGCUGAACGCUUCACACAAUAACAUCACUGAAAUACCCAAACAUUGUUUCCCCAAACUGUAUGAGCUGCAUACUAUCGAUGUGUCGUAUAACAACAUAUCCGUAAUAUUCAAUGGCGUUUUUCAAACACUCUUCUCGCUGCGCUCCAUCAAUCUGAGCCACAAUAGCAUGCAGGAGAUAAGAUCUUCUACAUUUGGCACAUUACCAACAUUGUUAGAGAUGGAUCUGAGCCAUAACAAGCUGGUUUCAAUAGUCCGCGGAUCGCUGGCCAAGCUAACAAGUUUGCGGCAGCUCUAUUUAAACAACAAUAGCCUGGAGAAGUUGUUUCAGCUGCCAAUUUCGUUGAACGAACUAUAUUUGAGCCAUAAUAACAUUAGCUCCAUACCGGCGGGCACUUGGCCUGUUAUGAAUUCACUAAUCUACUUGGAUCUCAGCUAUAAUCAAAUUGGGGAUAACCUGGAUGGACAGAGCUUCACGGGCUUGCUCGUGGUGCAGCGACUCAUGCUGCAGGCCAACGGCAUCAGCAAGCCGCCAUUGGAGGCGGUGGCAGUAAUGUCCACAUUGCAAUAUCUGCGCUUGGAAAACAACAAUAUAAGCGUAUUGGAGCGCAGUGCAUUUGGCAAGCUGCCAGUUUUGUUUGAACUCAAUCUCUACGGCAAUCAAGUCUCAGACAUUAGUAAACGUGCGUUCGAGGGUCUGUUGCAGUUGCUCACACUGAAUCUAUCGAUGAAUGGACUACAACAGCUGCCAAAUGACAUAUUCAUUGGACUGCCCUCGCUGCGGACGCUCGACUUGUCGUACAAUGCGCUCUCCAAACUAGACAAUAAGACGAAUGGUGUGCUGGAUGAUUUGCUUAGUCUGGAGACGCUCAAUUUGAGUCACAAUCGUAUUAGUUUUGUGACCAAGAAAACCUUUCCAUCACAUCAGUAUAUACCCUACAAUCUGAAGUACUUGGAUCUGAGCUACAACCAAAUGCCUGUGCUCACCUAUGAUAUAACCUUUGGCACCAAGAAGCUGCUUAAAUUGAAUGUCUCCCACAAUCAAAUCAAUGAGCUGCGUCGCGGUGUCAUAUCCAACUUUACGUCGCUGCAAUCGUUGGACCUGUCACACAACGAGCUGGCCAAUCUAAUGUCCGAGGAACAUAUUUUCGAUCUGCCCAAGAAUCUGAGUAGACUGGAUGUGUCGUACAAUCAACUGUAUCAUCUGCCCUUUGCCAAUCUGGUGAAGACGCACUCUUUGAGACACGUUGACCUGAGGCACAAUAGUCUGGAGGAUAUACCGGCCCCGCUGGUGGCCACCAUGCGCAAUGGCAGCCAGGUGUGGUUGGCGGACAAUCCGCUCUACUGCGGCUGCAAUGUUAGACCGCUCAAGCACUAUAUGCUGGAGCAGACAACACCUGGCGCUGAUCUGAGCAGCGUGCUCUGCCAGACGCCCAGCCUAGCGAAGGAUCAGUAUCUGCUGAACUUGGAUGAUGAGUAUUUAAACUGCAGAGAAGAUGAGUUGACGCUUUAUGCCGGCAUGGAGUACGAACAGCUGACCGAUGUUCGUUUCCGCGAGGUCCAAACCAAUAAGGCAGGUAAUCUGACGCUGCGCUGGUUUGUGUCUGCCAUAGCGGAUGUGGCCGACUUUAAAGUAUAUAUACGCAGCAGCAGCAACGAGCUGCUGCACCAGGCUGACUAUGCCUACAACCAGCGCACGGCUCAAAUACCCAUUGCCGAGCUGUUGCCACAGGGCGAGGCAAAACUAAACACUGCCGAGAUUUGCAUUGUGGCCCGCGACAGUGAGGGCAACACGCGCCGCUGGUUUGCCGGCCAGUGCCAGGCGCUGCCCUCGCUCAAAUUGCCCAGGACCUACUUCUUUGGUAACUUUAACGUAAGAAGUGCAGCCGGCGCCACAAAGUCGCUGACUGCGACUACCUGUCAAUUGUAUAUAGUUUUAACAUUGUUUGUUGCCCUUGUUCAAUAUUGUGUUCAAUAAAAUGUACGCGUGUGCAUACUGCUAACGCGCACUGUAAGGACGCGCUCUGCUCUGACCUUACAUGUGCACGCCGUCCCGUGCACAUGUAUUUGUUUACUUGGCCGUUGUU